AUGACAGAAGCUGUACAAGAACAACCUCUACGUGAUUUAGUUUCACCUGAUGUUGUCGAGUUCAUUCUCCCGCGACUUCCGGUCAAGUCUCUCCUCCGAUUCAAAUCCGUUUCCAAGUUAUGGAAACAAAUGAUCUCCAGCCGGGAUGUAGCCCUCGCGCAUCUCCGUCGAUCCAAAAACAAGCCAUUGUCGUUGUCAUUUCAUAACAUUUUUCUUUUUUGGUCCCUUCGUAAUAAAGCAUCGUGGCUCUCUAGAUUAAUGUCGAACAAUGAAAUGAAGCCGUUGCCGCUGGACCCCAACUCGGAAUACAUUUUUCACAGUGGCCAAUGUUGUUGCGAUGGCCUAAUACUCUUAUACUCGAUGUCUUCUCACGGAAUCGUUAUUUGGAAUUCAUCUGCCAGAACGUAUACAAAUUUGGGACUCCCUUUUCCGUGUCGCGGAUCUUUAGGAAGAUACGGCAUCGGUUUCGAUCCAUUAUCGAACGAUUAUAAAAUAGUUGCCACCGAUUGGAAUACGAAACAAUACGCCGUGUUUAACACCAGAAUCCAUAAUUGGAACGCGUUGAAAAAUGUCGAGAUAGUUUUCGAAGAUGAGCUCCGGAACUUCCCUUUAGAUGGCCGUAUGAUCUAUUUGAGCAAUUGGGUCGAACCGCGAGGAGGAGCUGAAGACGAAGACGAUCAUUACAAAUUUGUAAUGUACUUUUUCAACACAAGGGACGACAAGUUUUAUAAAUUAUUUUACGAUAUAGGGCAAAGAUGGAUCAUGGGAACGACGUAUUGUCUUGUUGAUUGUUCGUCGACCCAAUUUUGCAUGCUCAUCGGCGACACUUACACGGACAAGUGCCGUGUUUUGUGGAAGAAAAUCGACGGUGGCGAUUGGAUGGAGUUCGAUGACUUGCCGAUUCAGUGGACGAAGUUAUGGACGGUGUAUAACGAUACGCAGCCUAACUUCAAGAUGUACUUGACCGACGAUGAUAGAGAGCUAAAAUUAACUAUGCAUCGUGAUAAUAACACAUAUUUUGUAAUUUAUGAUUUGAUCGAAAGAAAGUAUAGUGCGAGUUUGAAGCCGGAUAAUGUGUUUUGUGAUCCUCAUUUGAUGGGAUACUUAGAUAAUCUCUUUUUCACUUAG